AUGGACAACGUCCCGCAACCCAGACGGCCUUGGAAGAACAAGGCCGACUUUUUCAAACCUUUCCGGACGGCUGCUGCUGCGAACGCUUCUUCUUCUUCUUCAACCCCAUCGUAUGAAGCGACGCCAUUGACCGCUGGAACUGGAGCUGAAGUGGGAGAGAACAUAUCGACUUUCUUCUAUGAUCCAGCCGUCUUUUCUCGGGAUAGACACAUCGACACGGAGCCGGAUCUGAGGGAUUUGAAUAAUGCACUGAUUGCGCUGGUCGAUGUGUUCCCGGAUGUUCAGCCGGAGGUUCUGCGCGAGAUGUUGCUAGGCGUUUCUGAGGAGAGCCGUUUGCAAGUGGUCACGGAGCAUCUUGUGCAGAAGAAAGCGAAAUGGGUUAGGGGACGGUACCGUACUCCAGCGAGUAGUAGGAAGCGCAGCGAUGAGUCCAAGAAGACAAAGUCACGGCCGGCAGGCGUGCAACUGCGUCUGGAGAAUGAAGACAUGUUCCGGAGCGAGGCGUACAAGAAAGCCGUCAAGCAGGUCCUGUAUCAGGAGUUUCGAAGUCUGAGCCAUUCCACGAUCAAGGGUGUUCUUGCCGAGCAGAAUUUCUCGUACAUGUUUGCGAGGCCGGUGUUGCAGCAAGUAGCGAGUCGAUCAUGGCGUUUCUCGAUUUCAAACUUCUGGAACAAGCGCAGUCAAGCCGAUGCGCAUCCCUAUAUUAUGUGGCAGACCCAUGGGAGUGUGGAUGGACAGGCUGCGACACCGGCUGUGAAGCGGACUGGGAGUGUGGAACUGGACCACGAGUUGUACGAACUCUUUGUUGAGCCAAUCGUGAGAAGACAGAGGCAGGAUAGAAUCCUUGCGGACUACACGACAGCAUGCGAGGUCAACGAGGCGGAGGCCGAAGAUGCAGAGGCGCUGUUCGACUGCGAGUGCUGCUACAGUUCAGUGUCAUUCGAGAAGAUUGCGACUUGUGACGAUGGGUGUCAUUACUUGUGCUUGGACUGCAUUCGACGCACAGUGAACGAAGCUCUGUACGGACAAGGAUGGGCGAGAGCGGCGGACCUACACAAGGCUACUGUGCGCUGCUUUGCUCCCCUAUCUCAGGACUGCCAAGGAUCAAUACCUAGCGAUCUGGUUAGAAGAUCUCUUACGCAAGGGGCGGAUAAUGAUGAUGCGUGGAGAGACUUCCAGGCCAGAGUCACGACGGAGACACUCCUCAAGUCUGGCCUUUCACUUCAGCGCUGUCCGCUAUGCAGCUACGCCGAAGUUGAUGAACCGCCGUCACCAAGAAUUCGCCACCCCAAAGCCAUCUUGAACCACGUCUCGACCAAAGCACCACCAGCAUUCCAAAUCAUGUUCAUCGCCCUCUUUACUCUCUUGGCAAUAUUCACACUACCGGUCCUCCUCAUCCUCGCACUCAUCUGGAUACUCACUCCGCUGAUCCCACCCCUCAAAGCCCACCUCCAACGCUCCCUCUCCCGGAUCCACACCCACCGCCGCGGCAUCCGCUUCCAAUGCCAAAACCCAACCUGCACCCACCUCUCCUGCACACGCUGCCUCGCCCCUUGGACUGACCCACACAUCUGUUUCUCCAACGAGAAACAAUCCCUCCGCACCGCAAUCGAAACCUCCACCACCCACGCCAUCAAACGCACCUGCCCGCGCUGUCUCCUCUCCUUCGUCAAAUCCUCCGGCUGCAACAAACUCGUCUGCAACUGCGGCUACACCAUGUGCUACAUCUGCCGACAAGAGAUCACCAGCAAAGAAGGCUACGGUCAUUUCUGCCAGCAUUUCCGACCGAACGGGGGACGAUGCGGGGAGUGUGAAAGGUGUGAUUUGUAUGGGGAUGAGGAUGAGGAGCUUGUGGUCAGACGGGCGGCGGAGGAGGCGGAGAGGAAGUGGAGGGAAGAGAGGGAGGGGACCGGUGAUGAGGAGGGGAAGGAGGGGGAGGGUCAGAGGAUGAUUGAGGUGCUUGUUGGGGGGAGGAAGGUCAAUUGGUGGGAGGAGUGGUUGGAUUGGGGGGUUGAUGCUGUUGUGGAGUGA